UUUUUACUGCUUAAUCGAAUAUUACUAAUUUUUCGAAAACUUUUUGGAGUAAAUAGCUCAUUUUUCGUCAAAAUGCUUAAACCCUGAAGGAAAAACCCGAUUGUAAAGCUGAAUUCUUCAUCCAACGAAGUAACUGAAAAGGAAUGAAUAGAGUGAGGACUCCUUUGCGCUCAAUCGCAGACACCUUAUGUAAAUCGAAAUCACGAGAACAUGGGCGAAGAAAUGUGAUCGGAAGAUUGGGGAUAUGUAGAACUCUUGCAAAUAUGAAUGGUCGUGUGUUUUUGGGAUAUGGAGAAGAGUCAAUAACAAAGUCCUUGCAAAUUCAAAUUGUUAAUGCGCUUCGCUCGGGUGAGAGAAGCCGAGCUUCUAGCCUGCUUGUAGAUCUUGGUAAUGGACACCAGUCAUUAAAUGCUGCUGAUUUCGUUUACAUUCUUAACUACUGUGCAAGGUCACCUGAUCCUUUGUUUGUUAUGGAAACAUGGAGAUUGAUGGAGGAAAAGGAGAUUGGCUUGAAUAACAAAAGCUGUUUGCUUAUGGUGCGAGCUCUCUGUAAAGGAGGUUACUUGGACGAGGCAUGCAAUUUGAUUAAACUUCUUGGCGAGAAUCGUGGCAUUUAUCCUCAUCUUGCAGUAUAUAACUGCUUUCUAGGAGCCUGUGCUAAAAUGCAAAGUGUAAUUCCUGCCAAUCAAUGUUUAGAUUUGAUGGAGCGUCGAAAGGUCGGGAAAAAUGAAAUUACCUAUUCUGUGCUUCUCGAGCUUGCAGUUUGGUGGCAAAAUCUAUCUGCAGUCCAUGAAAUUUGGAAGGACUAUACCAAAAACUACAGUCUAAAUAUAAUUCUUCAAAAGUUUAUCUGGUCCUUUACAAGAUUGAAGGAUUUAAAAUCUGCAUGUGAAACAUUGCAACAUAUGGUGGCUUUAGCCGUUAGUGGGAAGCUUUUUGUUAGUAGGACUCAUCAAGGAAGGUAUUCUUCAAGAUUAGACAUCCCCAUACCAUCCAAAGGUGAAUUAGGUUCACAACAAGUGAAAUUGGGAGAGAAUGAGCUGUCUCUUGAUUUGAAAUUUGGCACUGAUGCCUCCAACAUAGAGAAAUGGCAGUCUGUGAGUGCUACGGUUGGUAUGCUGAAUAAUUAUAAGAGCUUGCCUGUUAUGAAAGUCCUGAGGUGGUCUUUCAGUGAUGUACUACUUGCUUGUGCACAAGCUGGAGAUUAUGGACUAGCAGAAGAAUUGAUGGUGCUGAUGCAAAAUCUUGGAUUGCAGCCAUCAAGCCAUGCAUAUGAUGGCUUUGUGAGAGCUGUUGUUCCAACAAGAGGAUUUAGUGUUGGCAUGAAAAUGUUAGAAGUAAUGAAAGAGAGAAAUGUGAAGCCUCGUGCUUCAACUCUUGCAACUAUAACAGUACAAUGUAGUAAAGCAUUAGAACUUGACUUAGCUGAGGGUCUGCUGGAUCAAGUUUGUGAAUGCCCCUAUCCAUAUCCUUAUAACGCUUUUCUUGGUGCAUGUGAUAUUAUGGAUCUGCCAGAGCGAGCUGUUCGGAUAUUGACUAAAAUGAGACAAAUAAAGCUUCAGCCGGAUAUCAAGACAUAUGAGCUACUAUUUUCAUUGUUUGGUAAUGUGAAUGCUCCCUAUGAAGAAGGCAAUAUAUUGUCACAAGUUGACUCAAUAAAAAGGAUAAAUGCUAUAGAAAUGGAUAUGGCUAAAAAUGGUGUUCAACAUAGUCAUUUAUCAAUGAAGAAGUUGCUAAAAGCCCUUGGAGCUGAGGGGAUGACUAGAGAACUGCUUCAAUAUUUACAUGUUGCUGAGAACCUUUUCUGCCAUACCAAUACUUAUUUGGGAGUACCCAUCUAUAAUAUAGUUCUGCAUUCACUUGUUAGGGCUAAUGAAAGUCACAUGGCGAUACAAAUUUUUAAAAAUAUGAAAUCAUGUGGUUUCCAACUAACUGCUGCAACAUACAGUAUAAUGAUUGAUUACUGUAGCACAAUAAGAUGUUUCAAAUCUGCUUGUGCACUAGUUUCCAUGAUGAUACGUGAUGGGUUUUAUCCAGACACACUGACAUAUACUGCUCUAAUAAAGAUCUUGCUGGAUUGUGAAAAUUUCGAUGAAGCAUUAAAUCUUCUGGAUCGGCCAAGUUUAGAAGGGUAUCAACUCGAUGUAUUAUUGUAUAAUACCAUCCUUAAAAAAGCAAGUGAAAAGGGAAGGAUCGACAUAAUUGAAUUUAUUGUUGAGCGGAUGCAACAAGACAAAGUCCGGCCUGACCCAUCAACCUGCCAUCUUGUAUUUUCUACAUAUGUUGAUCGCGGUUUUCACAAUACUGCCAUGGAAGCAUUGCAGGUUUUGAGUAUGUGGAUGAUCUCCGAUGAAGACAGCACACUGGAAGAAAAGAAGAGAGAAUUUGAGGAUGAUUUUGUACUUUCUGAGGGCUUGGAAGCUGAGUCAAGGAUACUCAGGGUUUUUAAGGAUCAUGAUGAACAUCUUGCUGCAGCACUUUUGAAUUUAAGAUGGUGUGCUAUACUUGGGUUUCCGAUCUCUUGGUCACCUAAUCAAAGUCAAUGGGCUAGAAGACUGACAACUAAUUAUGAUUCAACCAGGGCUGUCUUAUGGGCGUAGCCAGCUAAAAUGCCUUUUAGUCGGAUUCAAUUUUUUUAAGCAUUAAUUGUCCAAGAGUUUUAUGAUACGGGCUUUGCAGAUUAGAAAGCUGUCCCAGCUCGGUAGGACAUGCAAAAAGGCCGUAAUGAGAAGACCACUAUAAAUAUCAAACCGGUUGGCAGUUUGCUUGCUCGAGUUGAAGUCUGCAUAAACGAAUAGAAGAUGCUAAGAAAGAUUCUUCACACUGUGCAACCAUGUUUUGGGGGCAGGCUACGAGGCCCUAGUUACUAGCAAUCAGUGGAGGAAGCAGAAGACCCUGCAAGGUAAUGGAUAACAUUGAUUGCUGGCAAAUCGUAAAGACCAUUAAAGGGUGUUAAAUAACGUCUCCAAUGGCAGCUGUGAAAAA